AUGUCCGGCACUGAAAAUUCGAUCAAAGCCGACCAUUUAUGUGUCCUGGUGCAUGGGCUCUGGGGUAAGCCAUCGCACCUUGACUACAUGGUAGCGGCGCUUAAGGAGAGACACGGCGAAGAAAACCUUCACAUUCUAUGCCCAGAAGGAAACAGCGGCAAUUUCACCUACGAUGGAAUCGAAGUGGGCGGCGAACGGGUGGUGCAUGAGAUCGAAGACACCUUUGAAAAAUUAGAGGCCAAAGGACAAAAAAUCACGAAAAUCAGCGUUGUUGGCUACUCUUUGGGGGGUCUGGUAGCUCGAUAUGCCAUUGGUUUGCUCGAGGCCCACGGAUGGCUGGAUAAAGUGGAACCCAUGAACUUCACAACAUUUGCCUCGCCGCAUAUUGGGGUGAGAACGCCCCUCAAGGGUAUAAGGGGUCAGAUUUGGAAUGGGCUGGGACCUCGACUGGUCUCCAUAUCGGGCCAGCAGUUAUUCAUGGUCGAUUCGUUCCGUGACACCGGACGACCCCUGCUUAGCAUCCUCGCCGACCCAGAGAGCAUUUUCAUCCAGGGAUUGAAGAGAUUCAAAAAUCGAAGUGUGUACGGCAAUGUUGUGAACGAUCGCACCACGGCACUUUACACGACUUUAUUUACGAAAACGAAUCCCUUUCGGGACCUUGAAAACAUCAAUAUCAACUACGUGGACGGCUACGAGCAAGUGAUCGUUGAUCCCGAUGAGUUCCUGCUACCGGUCACACCCAAAGAACAAGAUGAUUGUUCAUCCGAGACGUGGAAGCGGACAAAAUCAUUUGUACAAAACAUGCCUUUUUACCUGCUAAUUAUGCUGCUUCUUCCUCCCGCUUCCACACUAUUCUGCAUCAAUGCGGUCAUUCAAACAUUCCGCAGCCAAAAAAGAAUCCGCCUCCAUGUGGAAGGCAAAAAUGGUGCGCUUUUUGGGAAAUACAAGGUGCCUUUACUUGUGCAAGAUAUGCAACACGUUAUGGACGAAGUCUUUGAGAAUGCCAAUGCUCGACAAGAGCCAGCCUAUCUUUCGGGAUCUGACGUCGAGGCUUCUGACUCUCAUGAGAAGCCCCUUGGAAGGGAUUUGAAGUCGACCAGACUCGACUUGGAUGCGUCUGCAGAUCCUCAGUCUUCGUACAUUGAUAGUGCGGUAUCUAAAUUCCCCAAGCUCGCAUUAACGUCCGAACAAUUCGACAUUAUUGACUCUCUGGACGACGUGGGAUUCCGGAAAUACCCGGUCUAUAUCCACAAGCAUCGACAUACUCAUGCAGCUAUCAUUGUUCGAAUUCAAAAGGACAGUUUCAACGAGGGCAAGCUGGUCAUGAAGCACUGGCUUGACAAUGGCUUCGUUCUAUAA